GACAAGGUCUCACUAUCUUGCCCAGGCUGCUCUCCAACUCUUGGACACAAGCCUCCUGCAUAGGUCUCCCAAAGCAUUGGGUUUACAGGUGUGAGCCACUGUGCCUGGCUAAUCCUAUGUAUUUAAUUUCAUGCAUUUAGAAAUAUGUGCUAUUUUAAGACUGCGUCUACAGGUUUUAUGACAUUACCAAAGGUGUUCAUGGCACAAGUGAAGAAAUCUCUAGAUAGAGUAAUAAAAACCAUGAUGCAUUAGAACAGAUCAGGCCCAUAUCAAACGUUCAACAUACAGUCUGCUGCUAUGGUUCUUUUUUUUUUCUUUUUGAGACAGAGUCUAAUUCUGUCUCCCAGGCUGGAGUGCAGUGGAGUGAUCUCGGCUCACUGCAACCUCUGCCUCCCGGCUUUAUGCCAUUCUCCUGCCUCAGCCUCCCAAGUAGAGGAACUGCAAGGCGCUCCACCAUGCCCGGCUAAUUUUUGUAUUUUUAGUAGAAAUGGGGGGUUUCCCCAUGUACGGCAGGCUGGUCUCGAACUCCUGACCUCAGGUGAGCCACCUGCCUCACCCUCCCAAAGUGCUGGGAUUACAGGCAUGAGCCACCAUGUCCAGUCUGCUAUGGUUCUUAAAAUAUUCACAGAAUAGAAAUUGAAGUAAGUCUAUUCGUUUUUAUAUUAGAAGUAGCUAGUACGGUGCUCUGUACUUAUGCACUCCAUGGAUGCUGAAUGAGUCAUUGAAUGAAGUGGAGUCUAGGUUGUGCCUCAGGCCUUCCAGCGGGGCUGGAAGGAACAGUUGUGAAGUUGUGGGGCGGCUUCUGUGCGUCGGGGGACUCUGGAGUAUGUUAGAUGGUUUCCCAGGGCUCUGAAGGAGAAGAGCUGUGUUCCUAAUAAUGAUCUCAAUGGGAAUAGAGAUUGCUGGGGACCGCAGGGGCCAGGUUGUCAUUCCCCAAAGCUUCCCCUUCUUCAUCCAAGAAGGCAUUCAGGUCUUUCUGUGCUAGGCCCCAGGUAAAGUGCUGGACUACCCAGUAAUUGGGUUCAGUAGCAGGAUGGCCUCAGAUUGAGGUCCCAGGGCCAAAGGACCACCCCUCUCCUCAGCGCGGGUCCGGGAAAGGCAAGCUCCGGGCGGGAGCGCACGCCGCGCCCCCGAAGCCUGGCUCCCUCGCCACGCCCACUUCCUGCCCCCAUCCCGCGCCUUCCCAGGUCUUCUCCCGGUGAACCGGAUGCUCUGUCAGUCUCCUCCUCUGCGUCCUCGGUCGCGGCCCGGGUCCCUCGCAAAGCCGCUGCCACCCCGGAGGGCCCAGCCAGCGGGCUCCCGGAGGCUGGCCGGGCAGGCGUGGUGCGCGGUAGGAGCUGGGCGCGCACGGCUACCGCGCGUGGAGGAGACACUGCCCUGCCGCGAUGGGGGCCCGGGGCGCUCCUUCACGCCGUAGGCAAGCGGGGCGGCGGCUGCGGUACCUGCCCACCGGGAGCUUUCCCUUCCUUCUCCUGCUGCUGCUCCUCUGCAUCCAGCUCGGGGGAGGACAGAAGAAAAAGGAGAAUCUUUUAGCUGAAAAAGUAGAGCAGCUGAUGGAAUGGAGUUCCAGACGCUCAAUCUUCCGAAUGAAUGGUGAUAAAUUCCGAAAAUUUAUAAAGGCACCACCUCGAAACUAUUCCAUGAUUGUUAUGUUCACUGCUCUUCAGCCUCAGCGGCAGUGUUCUGUGUGCAGGCAAGCUAAUGAAGAAUAUCAAAUACUGGCGAACUCCUGGCGCUAUUCAUCUGCUUUUUGUAACAAGCUCUUCUUCAGUAUGGUGGACUAUGAUGAGGGGACAGACGUUUUUCAGCAGCUCAACAUGAACUCUGCUCCUACAUUCAUGCAUUUUCCUCCAAAAGGCAGACCUAAGAGAGCUGAUACUUUUGACCUCCAAAGAAUUGGAUUUGCAGCUGAACAACUAGCAAAGUGGAUUGCUGACAGAACGGAUGUUCAUAUUCGGGUUUUCAGACCACCCAACUACUCUGGUACCAUUGCUUUGGCCCUGUUAGUGUCGCUUGUUGGAGGUUUGCUUUAUUUGAGAAGGAACAACUUGGAGUUCAUCUAUAACAAGACUGGUUGGGCCAUGGUGUCUCUGUGUAUAGUCUUUGCUAUGACUUCUGGCCAGAUGUGGAACCAUAUCCGUGGACCUCCAUAUGCUCAUAAAAACCCACACAAUGGACAAGUGAGCUACAUUCAUGGGAGCAGCCAGGCUCAGUUUGUGGCAGAAUCACACAUUAUUCUGGUACUGAAUGCCGCUAUCACCAUGGGGAUGGUUCUUCUAAAUGAAGCAGCAACUUCGAAAGGCGAUGUUGGAAAAAGACGGAAUGAAGAAACUCUGAUUAGAGAGGUUUAAAUAACUUGACCAAGACAUGGGACACGUGAGCAUCAUGGCAAGGGACUGCACCUUCAUUGCUCUGACUUCAACUCCUGAGAUUCUAACGACGGUACUCCACCGCUGCUCAGAUCAAGGUUAAUGACAUCUUCAUUUCUACAUUUCUCUGACAUGUUGUAUUGACUAUUCUUCAUUUUGCCGUUAGCAUUCCAGUAUAAGCUUUCUGGUUGCUUCCUCACUGCAUGCUGAUACGGUUUGGCUGUAUCCUCAGCCAAAUCUCAUUUUGAAUUGUAGCUCCCAUAAUUCCCACGUGUUGUAGGAGGGACCCAGUGGGAGACAACUGAAUCACUGGGGCAGUUUCCCUCAUACUGUUCUUGUGGUGGUGGGUUAGUCUCCUGAGACCUGAUGGUUUUAUAAGGGGAAAUCCUUUUUGCUUGGAUCUCAUUUUCUCUCUUGUCUGCUGCCAUGUGAAAUGUGCAUUUUGCCUUCCACCAUGAUUAUGAGGCCUCCCCAGCCACGUGGAACGGAGUCCAUUAAACCUCUUUUUCAUUAUAAAU